UUUCCUUACUUUAUUUAACAUGUAUUAUGGUCAUUGCUGUUCCUUUAAAGUAGCGACUGCAGUGGUGGAGUAAACAAAGGCUGGUCGAUACAUAGGGGUUGAUGGGAAGCUUUUGAACGCUCGAUGAACUCCUGAGGGGAGGAGAGAUGUGCUACUGCAAUACUUCUGCAAUAGGCUUCUGCGCACACAGACGCCGUAUAUACAAAAUAUUGAUGCAUAAAGAUCGGGAAAGUAUCUUUAGAUAAAGCACAACGCAAACACAAAUGUAUCUCGUUGUGUCCUUUCGGUGUCUGACGGUGCAGAAUUUGAAGGGGCCAGAUUUGAGGUGAAUCUAUAAUAUAAUCAAAGGCAGACCAACUGUCCAGUUGACGUUCUCUCCUCCUCAAAGGUGUGGUUUUAGAGAGAGAGAAACAAAAAGGACUGCCCAUUAUGUGUUUGGUGCAGUCAGUCUACAAUCAGGACUUAAUACAGUCUGACCUGCCGGCUCUGCCAGGCAAGCCCUGCCCACAGCCUUAACUACAUCAAGGCUUUGCGAUCCCCCCUGUGGUUCAGGCCGUCUCUGACCCUGCAGGUCUCCCCCAUGGCUGCCACCAUGAGGUCCUCCGCCCGGCCGGCGCCCGACGGCGGUUGGGGAUGGGUGAUCGUUGUGGCCUGCUUCAUGGCCCAGCUGCUGGCCUACGGCUCCCCCCAGUCAGUGGGCGUCCUCUACCCUGAGUGGCUGAACGCCUUCCAGCAGGGCAAGGGGAUGACCGCCUGGGUGGGCUCCCUCGUGUCCGGACUGGGCCUCAUAGCCAGUCCGGUGUGCAGUGCCUGUGUGGAUAACUUCGGGGCCCGUCCCGUGACCAUCUUCAGCGGGGUGAUGGUGGCAGGGGGUCUGAUGCUCAGUGCCUUCGCUCCCAACGUCCAGUUCCUCUUCUUCUCCUACGGCAUUGUCGUCGGCCUGGGUUGCGGUCUGGUCUACAACGCCACGCUGACCAUCACCUGCCAGUACUUUGACAAGAGACGGGGCCUGGCUCUGGGCAUCGUCACCACAGGUACCAGCUUCGGAGCGUUCGUCUAUGCUGCCCUACAGAAUGAGCUGCUGCGGCUGUUCGGCCUCAACGGCUGCCUGCUCAUCGUGGGGGCCAUGAGCCUGAACCUCAUGGCCUGCGCGGGCUUCAUGAGGCCGCUCAACAUGCCCGGGUACCUCGUCAAGCGGAAGGCCGCUCUGGAGCGCAAUGCACAGAAGCAGCUCCUGGAGAAGGAGUUCCUGGAGAAGGAACUCCUCGAGAAGCACCUGCCGGAGAAGCAGCUCCUGGAGAAGGAGUUCCUGGAGAAGGAACUCCUCGAGAAGCACCUGCCGGAGAAGCAGCUCCUGGAGAAGGAGUUCCUGGAGAAGGAACUCCUCGAGAAGCACCUGCCGGAGAAGCAGCUCCUGGAGAAGCAGCUCCGGGAGAAGGAACUCCUCGAGAGGCAACUGCCGGAGAAGCAGCUCCUCGAGAAGCUUGCGCUAGACGACCUGAAAAUAUCUCCCGGUCUGACCGCGGCCAACAAAUGCGCCAUGGUCGCCAAGGAGCAUUCGAUCACCAUCGACGCCAAGGACUCGGCCCUUGUCCAGAGCGACGACAACGGCAAGAAACAAGGCUUCCUGGGCCGCUUGGCCGUUGUGAAGGUCCUGAAGAAGAAGCAGCAGGCGUAUUUCAACUACACCCACUCCCUGGCCAACAUCCUGCAAGACCGCGUCAUGCUGGCCUUCUGCGUGGCUGUCUUCUUGUUCAGCCUGGGGGCGUUCCCUCCCGUGCUCUUCAUGGAGGACGUGGCCCAGAGCGAGGGUCUGGCUCAGGGCCCCAGCCUCGUCCCGCUGGUGUCCAUCGUGGCCAUCACCACCGGCCUGGGGAAACUGGCGCUGGGGAUGCUGGCCGACCUCAAGUUCAUCAACAGCAUAUACCUGUACACAUUCAGCCUGUUUGCCACCAGCCUGGCCCUGCUGCUCAUCCCCAUCACCAAGACCUACGUGGGCCUGCAGGUCCUGUCCGCCGUGGUGGGCUUCUUCUCCGGGAACUGGUCGCUCACCUCGUACAUCACCACCAAGAUAGUGGGCAUAGACCGGCUCACGCAAGCCCACGGCGUCCUGCUGCUCUUCGGAGGCUUUGGGAUCGCCAUCGGGCCACCGGUAGUAGGCUGGUUUUUCGACUGGACUCAGUCAUAUGAGCUGGCAUUCUACUUCAGCGGGAGCUGUGUUUUGCUGGGAGGUCUCAUACUGCUGGUGGUCGCUCUACCCUGCUGGGAUCGGAAGAAGAGAGAGAGUGAUAGGCCAGAGGUCCAAUACACCAUCAACUGUGAUAAAGUUGCCUCCGUAGCCUGAAUGCUAAUGUAAAAAAACUUGUAGCCUUGCCAAAUGCUCCCCAGUGGUCAUUCGCUGUUCUGAUGCACAUACACUACAGCUAAUAAGAGUUUGCUCUCUUGAGUUUCCUGUAACUGGGACUGAAAAUGCUCCCCCUUCUUUCAGGUGCAACUGAAACUAUUACUAAAACCUGAUGCAGGCUUUGAGAUGUUUGGAAUGGGCAUUUUCUGACACACAUAUUCAGGUGACAAUGCAAUUUCCUAUACAGAUGUUUGUAUGAUUUGACACGGAUGUUUGUGUUGGAUUGAGAAAUUGUUGCCUCAUUUUUUGAGGCCCGAUCAUCAACAAGCAAAUACUGUUUUUGACCACUUUCAAGCUAACCUAAAAGUGUUUGUCGAUGACUAGCUAUGUGGGCUAUUUAUUUUAAUCAAACGAUGACUGUUCUAAUCACGUAGGCCUAUUUUAUGAUACAACCAUGUAUUUCAAUUUGCACUUUAUUGCAAAAAUGACUAAGACUGCACACCUAACUCAAAUGUGUACAAACGUCUUAUUUUUGCGUUUGAUUCACUUUACCAAAGCACCAAGGACAGUAUAGAUGCCUGUCGCCUGUAAAAUGAUUUAAAAGCCUUUCUUCACGAACAGUAACUUAUUUCUCUCCAGUGAUUAUUGAUGUACCCUUGCGUCUCUUUGUACAAUCUUGUAUGCACGGCAUAGAUGGAGGUAUAACUGCAUGUUGUAUGCAGAGGAAUUUCAGUAUAUAACGUACUUUUUAUUUCUGCAUUACUUAGCUAGGCUGGUCCUUUCUCCAUUGUGUGUGUGUUUGUGUGUGCGUGUGUGUGUUUGUGGUGCAUAGGCAUUUAACAUUUCUCAGCAACUCUUCUGGCUCUUUCAAGCCAGUAUUCAAUGCACAAUUUGUAAAGGCGUUUUGAAAAGAAACGCUAUGUCGUAAUUUAUGGAAAAUAUAUUUUGAUGAUACAGUAAUUAUUUGCAGUAGAAUAUAUACUUGGAUGUUGUGCUUCUUCUACAAAUUUCCUUUGUAUUUGCAUUUUUAGAUGUGGGAAUGCGGGAUGUAUAAGGAUUUAGCUUUCUUUAUAUGCAUUUCCAGGGUUUGUAUGUAGGGUUUGUAUGUAGGACAGGGUUUAAAUGAGGUCCAAUACAGAACCGGAGACAAACAGUCUGUUGACCGCCAAUAUCAACAUUACAUUCUCUUUCUUUUUUAGUUUUGUAUUUAGAUGUUAAUGUCCUUUCUUAUUUAAACUGUGCCAAUAAACUUACUUUGAAUUUA